GUGACAUUACAGAGGAAUGUAUAAGGCGACAAUCAUAACACACAGAGAGGCAGAGUAGCUACAUGCUAAGAAUAUGUGAAUAUGUAGCUAGGAUAGUAACUCAUCGAAUCCUCCAAAAUAGACAACACAAAACCAAAAAUGGCCAGCACAGCCUCCAAAUUUAACUAAAAAGUCCGGUAAAUGACAGUUAUAAAUAAAUGGCUAGCAAAUCCUCCCAACGGAUAGGCGUGACAGUCGCCCUCCUCCCCCCCCAUUUUCCUGUGUGCUCUCUCCUCUCACCCAUUGAAGCCUUCUCAAUCAAAUCCAGCUUCACCUGGUGUGGUUGGUUCCUUUUUGAAAAUACUUGGAGAAGAGCAUUUCCAUAACUUUUCAGAGACGCCCCCGCCCCUGUCCCGCAUUGCUCCCAUUUGGUGGUAGAGCGACAGUUUCCUUCUGUCGCUGCUGCCUCAAUAUCGUUUUGCCCACUUGCCGUGCCUGCACUCCCUCACCUGACAUUUAUAGAAUGAAGAACUGUCAUGAGCCUAAGGCUCAGAAGGUGAAUAUUCUAUCGUCUUCGUCGUCUUCAUUGCCAUCAUUGAACUCCUCAGAUUCCGAAGAUUUGGAGCGCAUGCCAUUGGCACCACUUGUAUUGAAAAACAAGAAACUAUUGUCCAAGCAACUCUCAAUGUGCGAGACUCGACGUGACAGAGCGUGGGAGAGACGCCGCCGCCAAAUACUAGUGCAAGAGAGGAGAAAGAGCGGGCUGCUAGAAUCUGAUGACUUGACAGAUGAAGACUUGCAUGAGCUUAAAGGGUGUAUAGAGCUUGGAUUUGGAUUUAAAGAGGAAGAGGGCAAUCAAUUGACCAAUACAUUGCCAGCAUUGGAUCUCUAUUUUGCAGUUAACCGGCAACUCUCACCAAGUCCGGUGUCCACACCGCAAAGUGGCGACUUAUCUUCUUCAUCAUCUUCAGCAAUGGGCACACGUUCAUCUUCAUUUGGGAGCCCCAUGAGUGAUCCAGACUGGAAAAUAUGCAGCCCAGGUGAUGAUCCAAAGCAGGUUAAGACCAAGUUAAGGCACUGGGCACAAGCUGUAGCUUGUUCAGUCAUGCAGUCUUAUUGAUCAAAGUGCGGGAUAAAUUGUACAGAGCUAGAGAGAGAGAGAAAAAAAAAAAUUCAGAAAGAGAAAGGAGAGGGAGGGCUGGCUUAAAUUUUCACUAGGUAUUGAUAGAAUUUACUACCAAUAUAGAGGCCAACAAACAUGGGGUGACAUUGAUUAUGGGUUCUUCUACAAGGCCAGUGGAGUAGUUGUUCAUUGGUUCUUGAUAACUUGGUUAGAGAUUGACUCAUUUCUGUUUUAUUUCUUCUUCUUUUUUUAUCAGAGUUUCCAUGAAGCAUGCAAAUUUCAUUAUUUGCUGUUGGAAACAGAGCCUAUAGAAACUGUAAUUUGGCCUCUUUUUUUAUAUGGAAAUUCAAAUUGAAGGCAUGCCUCUCCUGUUACAUCCCCAUUGAUGACUACACAGUUACUCCUGUACAUAAUUCUUUAUCUUCUUGGAUGAUAUGCAUGCGUUCAUCAUGGCUUGCCAUGCAUAAGAGUUCGAAGCCAAGGAUAAUUAAUUGUAUUUCUUCGAAGAAAAUAUGGAUAUUUACGAGAGGUUUUAUACUGUUUGAAGCAUUGAU